GAAUUUAACUUUUUAGCUCAUUUUAUGAAUGUCCCUCAACUUGAUUUUUUUAUAAAUAAUAAAAUUAAAAGCCUUACACAGUUAUUGCAUCAAGAGUCGGUUGCUAAUAUACAGUUUCAACUUCUGGAAUUUUCACAUCAUUGCUUUUGUCGUGGACUUUCUUCUCAGGCGAUUCGCGCCGCAGAUCUUGCUAACUCUAUAAAAAAACGAACAGUGGAAGUAUGGUUACAAGAAACUGUCUUUAACCCUCCUUUCAAAUUUUUACACCCCACCACUGCUUGUGAAAUUGAUCUUUACUUGCGGACGAAGAAUUCCUUUGAAAGAAAAGCGUAUCGCGAGGCGAUAAGUUUGGGGCUUUGCUCCACUAAUCCUGUCAUUCGCUUUCUAUCGUUAUACAGCUCGUAUCUUAGGGAAACUGAGGCUCCAAAUACUGAAAACUUCUCUUUCACACGCGAGCUGCCCAAGCAAGCUACACGUAAAGCAGACUUAUCUUUUUUGCGACGUGAGUUAAAAGUACUUUAUGAUAAAAACCGUUUAGACCCCUUCGAGCUUUACCUAUUCGGACUUGUUCUGAAGGAAGAUAAAGACCACAAGGCCGCCGUUAGCGUUUUUGUAGAGGCUCUGGGUAUCUACCCAGAGUUUUACGAUUGCUGGAUGGAGUUGGCUGCAUUGCUUGCCGAUAAGCUUACGAAAGUUGAAUUGCCCAACCAUUGGAUGCGCUUAUUUUACGAGGCCGCUCUGGCAAGUGAACGUUUAAAGUACGAGAAGAGUCUUCGGUGCUGUGAGAUUCUGCACGAUUUUUUCCCAGUCAGUAGCCUCCUAAUUGCCCAGAAGGCUCUUUGCCUCUACAACAUGAGACUGUUUGAGGAGGCUUUGCUUGUCUUUGCAGAGCUUCGUUUUAAAGAUCCCUACAGGCUCGACUGUAUUGACAGGCUGUCAGACAUCUUUUACGUUAAGGGUGACAAGGUCCAGUUGAGUUAUUUAGCUCACGAUGUGGCUCGUAUAGACAAGUAUCGACCAGAGACCUGCUGUGUUAUUGGAAACUUUUAUAGUUUGCGCUCUAAUCACGAUAAGGCUGUUUUAUACUUUACACGGGCUUUACUCUUUAAAAGUUCUUGUUUUUUUGCUUGGACGUUAAUGGGCCACGAAUAUAUGGAGCUCAAGUUUCCCUCUAAGGCAAUAAACUGUUAUCUACGCGCGCUCGAAGCUAACAAUAAAGACUUUCGGGCGUGGUACGGCCUGGGUCAAGCCUUUGAAAUUCUGGACAUGUACGAUUAUGCUCUGUUUUAUUAUAGAAGGGCAUGUCUUCUCAGACCAUCGGACGGACGGAUGUGGCUCGCUUUGGCUAGUAGCUACGAGUUGCUAGGGAUGUUCUUAGAGGCGAUUCAGUGCUACGAGGCGGCCGCGAAAGACGAGGAGGUUUCUUUGCUUUCUACUUGUAGACUCGCUCAAAUGUGCUCUCACUUAAAGAUGAAAGACAGAGCUGCCAAAAACUUCAUGAGAGUUCUGCAAGACACAAAUGUACAAGACGACGAAGAGAUGGAGAACUACAAAAUAAAAGCGUGCUUGUACCUCGCCCGUUACUUUUUUGACCGCAAAAAGUAUUCACUUUCAAAAGAAUUUGCCGAGCGGAUAUUUAAUUGGAACAAAAGAGAAAAAGAAGAGGCCAAGGCCAUUUUACAGGAUAUCAUGACAAGAUCCGUAAACUGUGUAAAUAAAGGAGUGUAA